AUGAAUCGCCGCUGCCAGCGCCAUCAUCACGCCAAGUCCAGCCGAGCGCUGGUGCCGACGGACGUGACUGGUCUGCGGGAGCGCGACGCUUGCCUCCCGCUGAUGAGCCAGUUUAGCGCCGAGUGGGAGGCCGAGAAGGAGGAGAGCGGCGAGAAGGCAUCGCUGCUGCGGACGCUCCGACGGGUCUUUGGCUGGUGGGUGGUGACCACUGGUUUGAUCAAGGCGUUACAGGACGGCUCGCAGGUUGCCGGACCCAUGGUCCUCGGCGCCAUCAUCGGCUGGCUCCAGGACCGCAACAGCAAGCCGCCGAGCGAGCAGCCGUCGGUCGGCUUGGGCAUCUUCUACAUCUUCCUGCUCAUCUGUACCCAGCUCGGGUACUCGAUCGCGUUCCAGCACCACAUGAACCGCAUGCAGCGGCUGGGCAUGCGGCUGCGGGCCAUCAUCAUCAACUCGGUCUUCUCCAAGUCGCUGGUCAUGGCGCCGCACGCCUCACCCGACGCCGACUCGGGCAAGAUCGUCAACAUCAUCUCGUCCGAUGCUGAGCGUAUUCGGGUUAUGAUGGACCAGUUCCACCUCAUGUGGGCUGGGCCCAUCCUCAUUGUGGUUGCCAUGGCCCUCCUCAUCCGGCUUUUGGGCCCGUCUGCGCUCGCCGGCCUCCUGGUCAUGGUCCUCCUCGUCCCGGCUCAAGGCUCGGCCGGCAAGGCCAUCGGUCGCAUCUCCAAGCUCAUUCAGGCCCAGACCGAUGAGCGCGUCAAGCUCAUUGGUGAGAUCCUGGUCGGCAUCCGCGUCGUCAAGUUCUACGCCUGGGAGGACUCGUUCAUGAGCAAGGUCCUCGCCGCUCGAGCCCGCGAGCUCGAGCACAUCCGCAAGUCGCAACUCUACCGCGCUGUCAUUGGCUUCACCAUGGCCUUUGCCCCGACUGCGGUCUCGGUCGUCACCUUUACCGUCUACGCCGCCGCCGGCAACUCGCUCGACGCCAAGGUGGUCUUCCCGGCUGUUGCCCUCUUUGCCAUUCUCCGCUUCCCCAUCGGGCAAAUGCCCAUGGUCAUCACCCAGGCCAUCGACGCUAUCAUCUCGCUCCGCCGAGUCCAGGCCCACUUGCUCCUCGAAGAGCGGGAGGAGGUGCCGACCUCGGACGAGCCCAACGCUCCGCCGUCCAUUUCCAUCGAGGAGGGCACAUUUACCUGGGGCGCCUCCCGAAUGGAUGACAGCAGCGAGCCCGAGCCCGCGCCGGAAGCCAAGUCCUCGAGCAAGCGCAAGAGAGGCAAGCGGAAGCGCAAGGGCGGAGCAGACGACGACGCCUCAGCCGCGCCAGUCACCGCUGAUCCGCCGCCGAAUCAUCUCUCGGACAUCAACUUUUUCGUCGAGGAGGGCGAGCUGGUCAUGAUCAUUGGGCCGGUCGGCUCUGGCAAGUCGACCCUGCUCUCGGCUAUUCUGGGCGAGGUGCAGAAGGUCUCUGGGCGGGUGACUCGCGACGGCACUGUUGCUUACGUUCCACAGGAGGCCUGGAUUGUCAACGCCACGUUUGACAGCGCCCGCUACAAGGCGGCCAUCAAGGCUGCGGCGCUCGAGGCCGACCUCGAGGUCCUGCCUGGCGGUGACCAGACCGAGAUCGGUGAGCGCGGCAUCAACCUGUCAGGCGGGCAGAAGCAGCGAGUCUCAAUUGCGCGCGCGCUCUACGCCGACCGCGAUCUCAUUCUUCUGGACGACCCGCUGUCGGCGGUUGACGUCCACGUCGGGACCCACCUGUUUGAGCUCUGCAUCAACGGUGCCAUGCAGUCGAAGACUCGGGUCCUCGUCACUCACCAGCUCCAGUUUCUCGACGCUGCCGACCGUAUCUAUGUCAUGGACAGCGGCACCAUAGCGUUUGCCGGCACUCACGACGAGCUCGCAGUCUCGGGCCUCGACAUUGCGGCCAUCACCCACCCGGACGACGAGGCCAACCUGCCGUCACCGUCGCCGACGCCGACGCCCGGGCUCUCGACCCAGAGUCUUGGGACCACCGGCGAGGUGUCGCGGACCUCGCUCCGCGGCUCGAGUCUCGAGCUCAACUCGUCGGUCGAGCUCGAGGGCGCCAUGUUUGCCGACUCGGACGGCAACGCGCCGCGAGUCCACAACCGCACCGACGACGCCGUCAAGGGCAAGCUGGUCAAGGAGGAGGGGCGGUCCAAGGGCUCAAUUUCAUGGAGUGUCCUCCGCGCGUAUGCCACCGCUGCCGGCGGCCUGCCGUUUGUGGCGCUCAUGAUCAGCCUCACCGCGCUGCAGUCGACGUUCCUUGUCGGCGCUGACGCGUGGCUCGCGCUCUGGUCCGACGAUGAGUUCAAGCAGUCACAGACGUUCUAUUUGGGCAUCUACGCCGCCAUCGGCGUUGCGGGUUCGAUUCUUGUCGCCAUUCUCAAGAUCAUGAACAUGGUGGUCUCGAUCAAGGCCUCGCGCAAGCUGUUUGAGGGCGUGUUUGGUCGGGUCCUUCGCGCCCCGAUGUCGUUCUUUGAUACCACGCCGAUGGGUCGGAUCCAGAACCGGUUCUCUAAGGACUUUUACUCGAUCGACCAGAUGCUUCUGUUUUCGCUCGCGCUCCUCGGCACGAUGGUCUUUCAGACAGUGGCGAUUAUGGUCUUGCUGCUGUCAGCCUCGCUGUACUUUAUCAUUCCGCUGGUCCCAGUGCUUGUGGUCUAUUACUUUGUGCAGGGCUUCUACCGGCCGUCGUCGCGCGACCUCAAGCGGCUUGACUCGACCACACGCUCACCGGUUUAUGCACACUUUUCCGAGUCGCUCACCGGAGUGGCGUCGAUCCGGGCCUACGGCGCGGUGACGCAGUUCCAGGCCGAGUCUGCGCGGCGGAUCGACACCAACCACGCUUGGUUCUGGGCGCAGGCCUGCGCUGUGCGGUGGCUCGCGUUCCGGCUGGAGAUGCUGGGCACGUUUGUGGUCACCAUUCUGGCGGUGGCUAUGGUCUCGAACGACUCGCUGGUCUCGCCGGGCCUGGCCGGCGUGGCGCUUGCGUAUGCGGUCAAUCUCUCCAAGUACCUCUCGUUCUCGCUGCAAAUGCUCGCCAUGUCCGAGGCCAACAUGAACUCGGUCGAGCGGAUCGACGAGUACACGCGGCUCCCGCAGGAGGCCGCCGCCGAAGUCGAGCCUGGCCCACCGCGCGGCUGGCCACGGACCGGCGCGAUCGAGUUCAAGAACGUGGAGCUUCGGUACCGGCCGGAGCUCGACCCAGUGCUCAAGGGCCUCUCGUUCAAGGUCAAGGCGGGCGAGAAGAUCGGCAUUGUGGGGCGGACCGGUUCCGGCAAGUCGACCACCAUCCAGGCCCUGUUCCGGCUUGUGGAGCUCUCGGCUGGCUCGGUCGUCAUCGACGGCGUCGACAUUGCGGGAAUCGGCCUCAAGCAGCUGCGCAAGCAGAUGGCGAUUAUUCCGCAGGAUCCGGUGCUGUUCCUCGGCACCGUUCGGGCCAACCUCGACCCGUUUGAUGCCGCCAGCGACGACGAAGUCUGGUACGCGCUCGAGCAGGCGUACAUGAAGCAGGCCGUGGUCGACAUGGGCGGACUCGCGGCCAUGGUCGAAGAGGAGGGCGCCAACUUUUCGGUUGGCCAGCGGCAGCUGCUGUGCAUGGCACGGGCGCUGCUCCGCAAGGCCAAGAUUAUUGUGCUCGACGAGGCGACGGCGUCGGUCGACACCGAGACGGACCAGCUCAUCCAGUCGUCCAUCCGGCGCGCGUUCACCGACGACAUCACAACUCUCACCAUUGCGCAUCGCCUCCAUACCAUCAUGGACUCGGACAAGAUCCUGGUCAUGGACAACGGCGUGGCAGCGCAGUUUGACUCGCCGCUGCGGCUGCUCAACAAGCAGCGUGGCCUCUUCUAUGAGCUUGUCAAGGGCACCGGCCGCAACACCGCACGCGUUCUCCGCGCUCUCGCUGAGGGCAAGAUUUCCAUCCUGCAGUCGCUCGACGACGACGCCGCAGCCUCGCUGGAGGCUGUCCUCCCGCCCGAUGCCGAGCCGCCCAUCCCCGUCGAGUCGGCCUCGGUCUAUGGCUCGUACUACUCGGACGCCGAGCCGUCGGCCGAGGUUUGGGAAGGCGACGUGGUGCCGCAGCUGAGUGGCGGCGACGACGACGCCUUUGCCGUCGGCGCCGCACCGGACCCGCACCCGCCGAUCAUCUCGUCGGACGAGUUUACCGACUCGUACGGAUACUACUCGUUCUCCGACAUGUAG